CUGUCUCUGCUGACCUUUCAUGGGUCAAGUCAAGAUGGCCGUAUCCUCAUGGGCGGAUCUUCCUACUAGUUGUUUAGAAAUUAUCUUCUCUCUAUUGGAUUUGCCAGAUCUAUUGAAUGUUUCUCUUGUUUGUAAACAUUGGCACAAUCAUUUAAAUGAUGAGAACAGCAUAGUUUGGAGAGUACAAUGCCUAAAGAGACUUGCUGAAGAUGUUUUGAAUGGCGACUUUCUGUCAAAUGUCCCGACGUACAAAUCGAAACUUCGAGCGCUGUACUACACUUGGAAUCCGAAAGAUUGCUCACAGAAUGUAUUUGUCAAAAAGAACGGUUUUGUAUUACAUCGAAGUCCAGUAGCCCAAAGCACAGAUGGUGCAAGGGGGAGGCGUGGCUUCGAGACAGGCCGACACAGUUGGGAGAUUUGGUGGGAAGGCCCACUUGGAACCGUAGCCGUUGUUGGGAUUGCGACCAAAGAUGCGCCAAUGCAAUGUCCAGGAUACACUGGGUUACUUGGUAGCAAUGAUAAAAGUUGGGGGUGGAACCUUGUAGAUAAUUUUCUUUUGCAUAAUGGAGACCAACAGGGUAAUUUCCCUCAGUGCAAUAAUGCGCCAAAAUAUGAGGUUGGAGAACGAAUACGGGUUAUAUUGGAUAUGGAGGACAAUUAUUUAGCAUUUGAGCGUGGUUACGAGUUCAUGGGUGUUGCAUUUCGUGGCCUGCCAAACGAGACUCUCUACCCAGCCAUAUCGGCCGUGUAUGGCAACACAGAGGUAGCGAUGGUGUACUUAGGCGAGCCAGUAGAUGGAUGAUGAUGUAACCCUUUGUUAAGCUAAACUGUUGAAUAAUUCAUGAGCAGGGAUUCUAAUUGCAAGCCAGUGUGGAAGAGUGGGUAGCUCCGUGGGCAUGGGAAGAAAUCCAUGUACGGAAAACCUAAUCACUACACUGGGGCUUGGAACAUAGUGAACCAGGAUCAUACAUUACAGUACAAGGGUCUGAAGACUGCUACUGUAUCUUGACACUGAGGAAGUAAAUCGUCAAGGUCAGGGAAGUGCUGCAGGCCUGGGGAAAGUGAGUUUGUCAGACAACCAUCAGAUUAAUGUAAAAGAUUUACCAAGUCUAUGAUUUGUUCUACAGUAAAUUACAAAUGCAUUUUCCUCCAUUUAUAUCCAAAAUUUAUUUUAAUAGACUUACAGUAAUAGAUUAAUGUUGGAUUAUUUUUGGAUUUUGUUGGUUAACACCCAAAGUUUUCUUCUUUUUUUUUUUUUGGAUCAAAAACAGUAUUUUACAAAUUAAGCGCAAUUAAUAAAACCAUGGUAACACUUUAUGUUGCUUUUAUAUCUAGGAUGUACAGUCAGAUGCACCAUUUGUACCAAGAAUUCCUACCAGCUAAACGAAACCACACAAAAUUCAUGUGUAAAUGUUUGUUCUUAUAUUUCCUAGGGUUGUUUUUUUUUUGUAAUGAUUCAUGUCCUUUUUUAACAGUAGAGUAUGGUAUUAUGUUUGAUUGUUACCACCAACAAUGCCUUGUUGAGGUUAUUGUACUGUAGAUUCAAGGUAGUCCUAUAAAGUGUCAUUGUAUAUUGUGUUCCCUUUCCUGUCACAUGAUUGGUUUAUUCAUAUGUGACCUGGCCUGCCCUGAUGCUUGGUUAAUCACAUGAUUUGGAUUAAAUUAAAUAAAUUCAUUAAAUUUAUGAUUAAUCUGUAUUUUACAAAUUGACAAAAGACAAUUAAGAACUACUAGCACAAGUGGUCCUUUGUCUUUGUCACUGGUGGCACUGUUACUGAAGUCUUGUCGGCAAGCCUAGUUGGCUGCAUUGCUUAUGUGUCUGAUCUCAAACAUAGUACUUAAACUAUAUCUACAUAGUUGAAAAAGAGAGUUCAGUAUACAGUUUAUUUAACCAAGCUCAAAGCAAAGCAGUUCUACUUGGUUAACAUUCUAAUGAUUUAUUCUGGCCAAGUGCUUAGAUUUUAAAUCCAUUUUUUGGCAGUUAUCUAAAAAGUUAUCCUAGUCCUAGAAUAUAUCAGUCUUAUUUUUUAAUCAAUUCUAUCAAUAUUAUUAUGGUAAUUUUCAAUAAAGGUAACCUUUUGACCUCUGAACACUUAAGUACAUUCUUAAUACCAUCAGUACUGACUUUAAUACAAACAGCAGAAAUAUAAUUAAAUUUUUAAAUUAAAUAUAUUCAUUUAUUUGAAAAAGUGAAUAGUUAUUUCAAUGUGAACAAAACCAUAUUCUACAAUUAAGAUUUUAUUUCUUGUUAUUAUUAUUAUUUUUUUAUAAUGUAUUUACUAUCACCUGUACUGUACACCAUUAUUAAAUAAUUGGUAAUUGUUGUUUACAUUUAAGCUACUGUUAUUACAUUAACAUUAUUAUUGCAUAAUAUUUGCAUGAUAAUAUUAAUAAGAAUCAACAUAUUUAUGAUAUGGUGCUAAUUAUGUAAUAAGAAUAUGUGACCUAUUAUUCAAUAAUAGAAUCAGGAUAUUUAUUAUUGUUAUUACAGAUAUUAUUAUUAUUAUAUUUAUUAUUAUUAUUAUUGUUGUUAUUAUUAUUAUUAUUACUAUUAUUUUUAUUAUUGAUUAUUAUUUUACUGAAUUGUAUACUAAUGCAGCCAUGGAACAAUAGCUAUAUGGUUAAAUUGAAAGUGAUCCACUUUGAAAGUUGGAUUAUAGCUGUUAAUUAUCCAUUGAAUAAUUAACCUCACUUUGUGGAAUGCAUCGGUAUUUUAUUCUCCUUUGUUUUGGAUUUGUUUACCCACGGAUUAUACAUAAUGCAAAUUGUGUUUAUUUAUCAUCCAACACGAGUAUCUUGCCACUUUAUUGUACAGGAUGUAGGUGAUGCUUCAUAAACAAUGUCUUGCUAUGAGGCUUAAAUGAGUAGAGCAGUUGUUAUUAGUUUUAUUAAAUACUAAAAUAUUAUCAUUUAUUUCCAGGGUUCUUUCUAGACAGAAACAUGGCUGUACUGUAGAGCCUAGAUUUAACUUUCUGCCAUGCGUGCAAAUAUCUGGACCUUUCAACAGUUUACAAUUGAUAUAGUAACUAAAUCAUGGUACAGUGCCUCAAAGUUCUAAGUUCAAAUUUAUUCAUUUAUUUAAUUUAUUUUUUUUUUUUUUUGAAAAAAAUUCAUCAAGAUACAUAUUUAUAAAUUGAAUAAAAGCAAACGGUAGGGAAUGACCAAUAAGAGCAAAGCUCGAUGAGAUGGCCCCCCUAAGUGAGGUGCCCGAGCA